AUGGAGCUGGUAAAUGGGUUUGGGUUGAAAGCGAACAAGAUCAAAAAUAAAGUAGGAAAGAAGUUUGACGAGAUAGCAAAUAGGAUUGAAAAAGAUGACCUUGAAGUCGAAGAAGGCUGUGCAUUGUUUAAAGAGUUUGAAGACCAAAUGGUAUUGCAAUGUGCCGAGCUGAUGGAGGCAGAGGCUCCUAAACAGUUUGAUGAGACUGCCGUGCCCGAUAAGGGAAACGACCUUGAUGACCCACCAGGUGAGGGCCCAAUUCUUAGAUGGAAAACACAUGUGGUCUUUGCUCCUGGUGGUGAUGCAUGGCAUUCGAAAUGUAGACAAGUAAAAUUGGCUGUUACUGUCAAAGAGCUUGGUUUGUCAAAGCUUCAAUUCUGCCGGCUAAAAGGAUUAGCAGGAUGGCAAUUCAAUCCAGGAAAAGAUGAACUUACCAUAACUAGUGAGAGGUAUCUUUUUCUCAUCAACGAAUGA